AUGAUCGGCACGGACUUCCUCGAUUAUUUAUCUAAGUUUCAGGUUGCAACUUAUGUUGGAGUUGAGGAUUUUGCGGACAAGUUUAAUUUCCUCAUUACUGUUAUGAUCCUCAUGCUUUGUGCAACAAUCGUUACUGUUAAACAGUAUAUGAUGAAGCCGAUUUCAUGUUAUAUGGCAACAGAUUUGGGAGGAAAAAAUCUAUUGGAUUACGUGGAAAACUAUUGUUGGGUCCAAGGCACAGUUCCCAUAGCAUACUCAGGAAGAGUACCAGAAACAGAUGCAGGUUGGGAAGAAUUAGAGAAGCACAAACUACUUUAUUAUCAGUGGGUACCAUUUGUGCUUGGUCUACAGUGUAUAAUGUUCUACUUACCUCGACUGAUAUGGCAAAUGAUAUGCUACAAUAGAGUUGGGACAGAUGUACAACACUUAGUACUCAGUGCUAAUCAAGCAGUCCAUGCAAGCGAAGAACAACGAACAAAAAUGGUACAACACUUAGCAAAGACAUUGGAACAACUUUUAUUUCAGCAACGUGAAUAUCGUGUUAGUUUAUGGUCUCGUAUAGUACGUCGAAUGUGGAAAUGGGGAUAUUUAUUCAUAGUGAGCAAACGUCUUGGUACACGAUUAUUUGGAACUUACUUAUUCAUUAAAUGUCUUUAUCUAUUGAAUGCAAUUGGACAAAUAUUUAUGAUGCAAUCAUUUCUUGGUUUAAAAACAGAAAAUUAUACAUUAUUCGGCAUAGCAAUAUCAAAAAAUAUUUUAGCUGGUCUCGACUGGGAAGUGACAAUGAUAUUUCCAAGAGUUGGUUUUUGUUUAGUCCCAUUAAAGCAUAUAGGAUCAAAUAAUUAUGCAACAGCUCAAUGUGUUCUACCUGUGAAUAUGUUAAAUGAGCGUAUUUAUAUGUUUCUAUGGUUUUGGAUUGUUCUUGCUGCAACUAUUACAGCUAUUAGUAUACCAACAUGGUUUUCACGUAUGAGCUAUGAAAAAUCACGUACAAAUUUUAUUAAAAAAUAUUUAAAACUUGGUGAACAAGUUAAUAAAAAAGAUAAGUAUAUGAUUGAAAAAUUUACACGUUUAUUUCUACGUAAUGAUGGUGUAUUUCUAUUACGUAUGAUUGCUAUAAAUGCAGGUGAAUUAAUAUGUUCUGAUAUUAUAUGUCAAUUAUGGCAUAUAUUUCGUGAAAAAUACUUUUAUCGUGAUUUAACACGUAAACACGGUUGUGGUCAUCAUUUAGGCUUAAAAUUAUCACGUGGUGUUAUUAGUUUCAAAGGGAGACAUAAUAAAGAGAUGAAACAUCCAAUGACUAAUAUUUCAGCAACUGCUCCACCUUCACAUCUUGUCGCAUCUUCUGAUGCUCCAGUUGAUACACCGGAUACAGAUGAUCCUGAUGAAAAUAGUUAUGCAGAUGAUGCAGAUGAUGAUGAUGAUGAUGAAGGAGGUAAUUUGAAACGCUCAUCAAGUAAAAAGUAUACAGGUUGGAACUAUGAAUUAUUGAGUGAAGCACAUUAUUCUCCGGAUUUGCCAUAAAACAAACAGCCAGAAUCGGUUCAAGCGGUGACUCCAUAGCAACCCCAUCCUUUUGUCUUUAUAGGUCAUUGUUGAAUUUCAACUGCACGUUGAAAGUGCAUCUUAGAAGUAAUUCCUUUAGGAUAAUCAAAUGAAAUCACACAGAAAACAGAUAGUUUCCGUGAGAGGGACAUUGGUAAAGAGAGAAACUACAUCCAGGAACACUGAAUAUUUACAUUUUUCAUCUACCAACAAUUUUCACCUUGUGUCAAACUCCUUGACUUCCUCG